UGCUAGGUGAGAUGAACGGAUCGGCCGCAUCCUUUGAGUGCGACGUGCUUCCAUCGCGAGGACCGUUAACUCGGGCGGUGCCGAGUUAAAAUGGUCGAUAUCCGACCUGAAACGCACCCAGAAACUGUUGUACAUACUGCGAACCUCGUUCUUGCACCUGCACCGACUGUUUACAUCCCAUCUUAGUGGUCAGUUCUGCCUGCUGAUCAGAGGCUAAGCUGAGGCCAUGGCAGUGAAGGACCGUGUAGAGGCGGUGCUCAAUGUGGGUCUUCGUGUUCCCAGCAUUAUGUUGCUGGAUGUCCUGUACCGCUGGGACGUCAGCUCCUUCUUCCAGAAGAUCCAGCGCUCCAGCCUCUCUAACAACCCCCUGUUUCAGUACAAAUACCUGGCUCUCUACCUGCACUAUGUUGGUUACAUUCUGAGCUUGGUGCUCCUGACUCUGCCUCGCCAACACCUGGUUAAACUCUACCUGUACGUUCUUACGGCUCUGCUGCUAUUUGCUGGUCACCAAGUGUCAAGGGAUUAUGUCCGUAGCGAGCUGGAGUCUGGCCAUGAAGGACCUGUCUACCUGGAACCCCUCUCCAUGAAUAGAUUCACCACUGCACUCAUAGGUCAGCUGGUGGUGUGUACGCUAUGUUCCUGUGUGAUGCAGACCAAAAGGAUCUGGCUAUUUUCUGCUCACCUCCUCCCUCUGGUGGCCAGACUGUGUCUGGUCCCACUGGAGACCAUCGUCUUCAUCAAUAAGUUCUCCAUGAUCUUCACUGGCCUGGAGGUCAUUUACUUCCUGGCUUCGAACUUGUUGGUGCCAUACAACCUGGCCAAGACUGCCUACAGGGAGCUGGCUCAGGUGGUGGAAGUGUACGGGCUGCUCGCUCUGGGUAUGUCUCUGUGGAACCAGCUGGUCCUCCCUGUUCUCUUCAUGUGUUUUUGGUUGCUGCUGUUUGCUCUGCAGAUCUACUCUUACUUCAGCACCAGAGACCAGCCUACCUCACGGGAGAGGCUCCUUUUCCUCUUUCUGACCAGUAUUGCAGAAUGUUGCAGUACACCGUACUCCCUGCUGGGUCUGGUUUUUACCGUCUCUUUUAUUGCUCUGGGAGUUCUCACACUCUGCAAGUUCUACCUGCAGGGUUACAGAGCCUUUAUGAAUGACAACACCAUGCACAGGGGCAUGACAGAGGGCAUCACACUGCUGAUCCUGGCUGUUCAGACCGGUCUUAUCGAGCUACAGGUCAUCCACCGAGCCUUCCUCCUCUCCAUCAUCCUCUUCAUUGUUGUUGCUUCUAUUCUGCAGUCAAUGUUGGAGAUAGCUGACCCCAUAGUCCUGGCCCUGGGGGCAUCCAGAGACAAGAGUUUGUGGAAGCACUUCAGAGCUGUGUCUUUGUGUCUGUUCCUGCUCAUCUUUCCAGCCUACAUGGCCUACAUGAUCUGUCAGUUCUUCCACAUGGACUUCUGGCUCCUCAUCAUCAUCUCCUCCUCUAUCCUCACUUCACUGCAGGUUCUUGGCACUCUGUUGAUCUAUGUCCUCUUUAUGGUGGAGGAGUUUCGUAAGGCUCCUGUGGAGAACAUGGAUGAAGUUAUCUACUGUGUCAACGGGACCUACAGGCUGCUGGAGUUUCUGGUUGCAGUGUGUGUUGUGUGCUAUGGUGUGUCAGAGACAGUAUUUGGGGAGUGGAGUGUGAUGGGCAGCACUAUAAUCCUGGUCCAUUCGUACUAUAAUGUGUGGCUCAGAGCCCAGCUGGGCUGGCAGAGUUUCCUGCUCAGGAGAGAUGCUGUAAACAAGAUCAAAAGCCUCCCCACGGCAAGCAACACACAGCUGGAGCAAUACAACGACAUCUGUGCUAUCUGCUACCAGGACAUGAACAGUGCUGUGAUCACUCCCUGCAGUCAUUUCUUCCACGCUGGCUGCUUGAAGAAAUGGCUAUAUGUCCAGGAGACAUGCCCCCUCUGUCACUCACAACUCAAGAGCCAAUCACCAGCCUCCAAUGGCCCUAAUCAAGACACCCCUGCAACCAAUCAGAGCCCUGCAGGACAGGAAGAAACCAUUAAUAAGCAGAAUGAUGGCGCCUCUACAGAUGAUAGGAAGGAGGAGGAGACAGGGAUGAAGGAGGGCGAUAUUGGACCUGCUACAUCCAAAGGAGAAGAAACCCCCUCCUCUCCCCCCUCUUGUGCCACCUCUGCUCCCCAGCCCCUGCUGAACACUCCAACAACAUCAUCUUCCUCUACUUCUCCUCUCCCUCCAGAUGUGAUUGAAUCACACAUAGAGGACCCCUCUCUGUCUUCCUCUGACACCUUGGACAUUCACCCCUCCAUCUGCCACCAUGUGUCGUCACGUCAUGACAUGACCCCUGCUGAACCUGAGCCUGCCUCUCAGCCAUACCCAGACUUCCCACUGGACAGGGAGGAGUCAUCUACUGGUCCAUCAUCACAGCCUGAACAGCCUUGUUCACCUUCUGAGGAGCAGUCUCCUGCUCCAUGCAGCCUCUGAGCCCCAUCAUUAUGUACUAGGACGUACAUGCAUGCACAUAAAAACACAAUCUGAACACUAUGUCUGCCAAAUUCUGCCUGCACUCGACAGGUGGCGCAGUCAGCUAUCCCAUUAAGUCAACAAGAAUCAUCCAUAACCAGAUGAAGAUAAAAAUCCAAAGGCAUCCAAGCCGAGGAAUUCAUCAGUCAGCUUUAAAAUGUUUCCAUACUGAGUUUAAAUUUAAUACCAGCAAUGAUGUCAAAAGGGUGGGUGGCACUUUUUCUGAUGUUGUUUUUUUUUCUCUUUUCGGUUGGGAUUCAAACUGAUACAAAAAUGGGAAGAUGGGAAUGUCAUCUCAAAGUUAAUCGGUACUUUUUUCAUGGUGUCCUCAAUAUGUGAAAUUCUGUAUGAAACUAAAGUGUCACUUCACUUUUUUCCACAUCUCCUAGAUUCAGAAAGAGAUGUCAGACCAAUAGCAGCAUCUCUGAGUUCAUCUUAUGUUCUUUUCCUUCCAGUCCUGUACGUCUUAUUUGGCUUUUAUUUGUGCAUCACUCGUUUUGAUGAACAUUUCAGUGUUUGGGUUUUCUCUGUAUGUGAGGUGUUAAGAGUCAGAGCUUGCGGCUGUAUUUCAAACAGUGACAAAGUCUUAACAUUUCCCAAAGUCUGCACAUUUCUCAACUGGUUAUGAUAAAGACUUUCACUUUUGGGUGACAGUAGUUAGGUGUACAUGAAAAGACUGAAUGUUUCCUGAGGCCAUCACAUGACCUGAAGCCUGGUGCUAAACAGAAGAAUUUUGGUGUGGUCUAGUUAAAUGUGAACAAUGGUGUAACUUCAUUUCAUGUGUCAAAGCUUUCUCUGAUAUAUACUCCAAUAUUUGCAUCAAACUUGUUUGGCUGGUCCCAGCAAAAAAAGGAAAAAAAAAAAAACAGUUACUCAUCGUCGCCAAAUUUUUGUAUUACUGUUAAAGAGAUGUUAUUUUUCACAUCAUUUUUGCAUUACUGCUUGUUGAUCAGCAAGUAGAAGUGGACUUCAUGAGAGAGAGGAGGGAGAUAAUGGGAAAUAGAGGCCACAGUUUGUGUUUGAACUUGAGAAUGUGGAGAGUAACGUAAUCCCCAGGGUCGGCAUCGAGCACUAACUUUGUUGUUAGCUUUACUUCAUUCACAUUCGUUUCCUUUUUACAGAUUUUAAAGCUUUGUCCUUUAUCCACUCAUGACCUCACUCCAUCCAGAUAUAUCAACCAAUCAAAUCAAAAAAUCCCCUGAUUUCAAGGACCAUCACUCUCCUCCUGCUGCUCUCUUAUUUCAUGAGAUGUUUCUAUUGAAAACUGAGCAAUUUUAUUUUCACACAUACACACACUCAGCCAGCUCCUGGAAAAGAGGGAAAGUUGUGUUGAUUGAAUUGAAAGACUAAUGUUUCGUGAAUGCCUGAGAGUCCUGAUGCACGCUUAUAUGUAGAGCUUGCACGCUGCCACUGUUACCAUAGCAUUCAUGUAUGUCCCCUCUGUGCUCCCACCUUCCUAAUGAUUUUUUCUUGUCUUUUUUUUUGGUUGCAUUUGCACUAAAGUCAUUUCUACUAGCAACGCUCCAAAGCUGUUCUGAGGCUGUCAGCAACCAAAUACCCUCUGCCGUGUUUGUGUACAUGAAAACAGCCCAAUCUGUUUGUGUGUAAUGUAUAUAAAUGUUGCUCUGUAUGGCAUCUAUAUUAAACCAGAGGAGUGUUGUUAUAUAGUUAACUUCAGGGCAGGAUUUCUCCAAAGCCUCCCAGCAGUUUAACGUUCUUUGUUACUUUACAUGUUUGUGAACAAAGACAGACUUUAGACUGAGAAGCUUUAGGGAAUGAAGCCUUAUGAUCUUUGAGACCAGCCAGUGUUACGGCUUCUCCUGUCUGUAUGACGCGUCCUCAAGCUGGUGUGAUCACUCCAGUGCCCUCUACUGUUAGGAGUGGGAUCAGCAUGGCGCAGACGGCACAGGAGAGGCAUGAGUUAACCCUUAAACAGUAUUAUUACUACCACUACUACUAAAGGUCUUAUUACUAUGAAUGAAUUUCUUUUUUUCAUUGGGAAGUGUUGGCUACAGGGCUGAGAAUGAAUACAUAAUUAAUGUAGGAUCAAACCUGACCAAUGCUGUGUUUUUUUUUUUUUUCUUUUUUAAGAGAAAUGAAAUGUAGAGUUUGAUGUAUUUUGCACAUGUUCCUGUCAAAAUAUGAACAUACAGACUUUUCUGUACUGUUGAAUAACAUUAUAUUAUUAGCCCCAUUCCUCAUAGAUUUUGAUUUACAUCAGAGCACUUGACAUGGUCAGAAACAUUUCAACUGUUGCAUAAACAACUUUGUUUUCAUUGUGUGAACAUCAUUGGAAACUAAAUGGGUAUGUGCAUCACAGUAAUAGACUGUUAGAGAAGCCUGCCAGCUGUUGAUUCCAGAUGUAGUUGUUCUGUUAGUGACCCAUGUAGGGAAAACUGCAUUUUUCAAGGAAAGUUAAGCAUCAAAUAUUUUAAGGCAAACCAACCUCUAAAUUUAAAACAUAAAUAUCCGCUUUUGUGACAAAGAAACAGCAUUUUUGCAUCCCAGCUCCUCCUGCCAUGUGUGUUGACAUUUGAAAUAACCCCUGACAUCUAAUUAGUAUAAACUACUUUGGAUAGACUUGCUAAUUAAAAUUACUAUGAAAUCAGUCCAUGUCCUCCCAGUGUCAUGAUGUCAGUGAAUUUAUCUAACUGUAAAAGGUUAUGCUUGUAAUUAAUUUUAGUCAACUGACCAGGAGUAAUACUUCUCAAAUGGCAUCUAUAACCCACGAGUUCAAUAUCAGAGCAGUAUAAAUGUUUAGGGAAUCUAUCGCUGGGACAGAGCACUCUGACCAUGUGUGUCUUUUCUGGAUUCUUCUUUAAAGAAAGAAUGCAGCACAUCCAUCCCAUCCUGUUUCCUCUGAUGUUUUUCAUCACGUUUAGGGAUUCUAUGACUCUGACUCCCCACAGAUCUAGUUUUUUUUUGUUUUGUUUUUGUUUUUUUUUUAAAUUUGUCUCUUAAGUUUAUUCCCAAACAUAAUUAGGACACGAUUUGUAAACCUGACUCUGAAUGCCAGUUGUAUUCUGUUAAAAUGCUCCAUGGUUGGUUUUGGACUUUCUAUGAAUGGCAUUGCCUUGGUUCUUUUACAAAAAUUGAAUGUCAGUAAUAAAAUGAACCAUUCACACCAAACUCUGCCUUUAUAGAAUUUAUG